CCUGAAUCCUUUGACUUCACCACUGGUACUAGGGUGAAUCAUCGUCCUUCAUCUGGGCGUGGCCAGAGAAGUGCCGAUCACCAAGAUCAUGGAGAUGCAACAGCCUACUACGAUCUCCCCGUCAUGUCCUGGACCAGAUCCAUCGUAUGGAAAAAUCUCCUUCCACCUAGUAAGUGAAAAGACUCUUCCCCUUAUACUCUAGUAUCUCAAACUCUAGUAAGCGAUUAAUAAUAUAAAUAUCUCUACUAGUAUGAAUCGCUACUAAAGUCUUUUCUCACUCUAGUAAGCGUAAGUCUUUUCUCCCGGAUCUACUUGAACAUUCUGAAUCAGCGCCGGCCUCUUUCAUUCACCUUGCCGAAGACCGCUGUCGACAGCGCGCUCCAGCUGCCACUAGUGUAUCCGUUUCACGCUGGCUGGUACCGGAAAUACGAGAACGAGUUGAGACUCUUCUACGUGCCUUGGGAAGAUAGAAGAAAAGAGUUCUUCUUUAGAGGGACACCUGGGAUUAUACCAUGGAAUUGGACUCAGCUGUAUGACGACUAUGCGAAUAAUGUUAAGGCUUCCACCCAAUAGAAGAAGUACCCUACACUGACUCAUCUUGUAUUCGACUGUACAGUGAAGCAUCCUCAAGUAGAGGCUUUUGUUCAAGGGGCGGAAAAGGGGCCUAGGAUGCACUUCGAGAUGGAUUAGGGCGAGCGCUAAUAAUGCAAAAGGACAAAAAGGGAAAAAUAGGAAUUAUCAUGCUGCUAGUUGUGCUACUAGCUCACCCUCUACUCCAGAUGAAAGGUUUGCCCCUGACGAGGAGCGUGCGUCUCACGAUGAAGACACUGGGCCGGAAGAUGUUCUUGCGGUUGCGGACACUACAAGACCUGAAGCAUUAGCAAGCGCAAGCUCAACAUCAUCAUCUACACCUACACGACCUUCAAGGGCCGACUAUAAGGUAGAUACGACCCCUCGUCCUCGAGGCAUCUAUUUCCGUCGGUUUAUGCGUGACGAUCUUACCUUAUGGGAAGCUGUGAAGAAGUCUGUAGUUGAGACUGGAGAUUGGGAGGAAACCAAAGAGUUUUUGGAGAAGCUUGAUGUUAGGAAGGAGGUGGAUGAAGGAGAAAAUACACAGGAAGACUCUGAUCAUGGCGCAGAAGCUUACGCUUCUCUAGGUGUCACGGGAAAAGGACAGGCGUAUGGCUCCGAUUCUGAAUCUGAUGAACUACCGGAAGGUGAAGCCUACGGUUCUCUGAAAGCUGUUGGUACUCUUCUAGAAAAACGGCAUGGAAUCAAACACGGCUUGCAACACAACGCGUAUCAUUACGGUUUUGGAGGACAAAAUACUAGGUAAGUAAGUAACUAAGUAAGUAAGUAGCUAAGUAACUAAGUAACUAAGUAAGUGUAAGUACCCGAGAACUAUUUAAUCCUAUGAUCGUGGUUAUGGAGGACAAAAAGCUACUUCAGUAAGCUGGUAGGUGCCCCACCUAAUACUAAUUCUAGCUCCUUAGAAGUAUCAUACGUAUUAGAAUUUUUAGAUGGAGGUUCUUGAUGUUCCUCAGCAUCCUCUUCUUUUUUGCGCGGAUAGGGCUGUGCUACGCUGACUAAAGUAAUCUCGUUUUAACACAUAGCUUCUAAAGACUCGCGGACGUGAAAAACCUACUGGGAAAGCGCGUCUCUCCCGACAACGGUGUGGCGCCUCGCGUUCUGCUGGCUAGGCUAGCCAGAGAACUUCCGCGAAAAACCGACAUGAUUCCAAUUGCUCUCGACGUCCAGCUAACCGGUUGGCCGCAUGAAGUCUUAGACCUGAAUCCGGAGCUAGAUUUACCAUUAUUCAGCGAUCGCAAUCGGCCAGCCAUCGUACAAGCGCAAAAAACGUUGAUUCAGAAUGACUCUGGUCUCAGUGAAAGGGAGAAAAGGGAACGGAUUGAAAAACUAGAGAAAGAAGAUGAAAAACUACAACAACGACAACGACUACAACAUGUUGGAGGUGUUGGAGGGACACAUCAACACAAACAGAAAGAAGAAGAAGAACUAGGAAUCCAAGGCCGUCCUGACAGUGCGGACGACAACGUUGCCUUGAUCGACCAGUUGCGCUUCAAGUACAACUUCAACGAUAACGUCUCCACUCGCGAUGUCUGGUGUCUACUUGCAGUUAAGGGCAGCUACUCUUGGUGUUCCAUUUUGUGUUUCUGUCUCCGGUGUUCUGUUGACUCCCUAGGAGGAGGUUUGACUCACUAGGAGGUACUACUUAAUACUACAGCACUGGAUGGUGUUUCUGUUUCCGGUGUUUUUUUGACUCUUCGAACCUAAGGGAGAAAAACAUCACAAAUAAGCAAAUGGGGCAAACUAACACCAAAUAAGCCGUACCUCUAAUACCGGCCAGGUCUUGUUUCGAGCUCAGUUCCGCUAUGACAGUGCCGUGGACAAUGUUCAUCUCUUCAGGCCUUACGAGCAUUGGAUACCACUACGCAGAGAUUUGAAGGACUUUCCGGAGAAGCUGGCAUUUAUCGUUAAGGCUACAAGAAACCCAUCCUCGUCUUCCUCAGCAUUCCAUCUGGUGCCGCUUUCUAAGGGACAAACAGGAGCAUCAGGAUGCUCCUCUAGCUCAAGGUGGUGACAGACCCUUAUACAUAGAACUAGAAGUAGUUAUCCCUACCAGUACUAGCAGAAGCAGUAGAUUUUUUCCCUCGACAUGCUCUUUCUCAACUACCAGAAGAUCAGGGAUUUCGACGGACAACUUGUUUACUUUCAUUUCAUCCCUUAUACAUAGUUCUCGUAGAUUUUCCUUAUAAUAGUUCUAAGAUCGUGAAGCAUGACGACUGGGCUCGGCUCAUAGGAGAACGCGCUAGGGAUCGGGCAAGGGAAAUCUUCAAUUUGGAGACGAAUUACUGGUAUUUGCACACCUUGUUGCUCAAAUUGGGGAGGCUGCAAGGAGGAUUCAUGGAUGAAGAAGAAAGGGUUCUUGUUUAAGAGAUAUGAUAGUCAAGGGUUCUUGUUUAAAAGAUAUGAAAUAGUCUGUCUCUGUCUGUGUCACUUUCAGUUUCAUCUGAUGUUGCACCCACUAUUCAGUUUCAAGAAUGCACUUCGGACUCAUUCGAUAAACAGUGUAAAAGUGCUGACAUUUAGUGAGGUGACAUUUGAUGAUCUCAGUCCUUUCACGGAUCAAAAAGAGAAAACUCUACCGCUGCUGAGAGCAACAUAUGUACCUGACGUGGUCGGUAGUGCUGGC